UUGGAGGGAGGUUAGAGCAGGAAUUGGAGUACACAGAAGCAACGUUGGGAGCGGGCUGGGGUGCAACAAGCCAAAUAAUCGUGCAAACGCCAAAGAAAGAUGGGGAAAACAUCCUUACACAAUCGGCCUUACUGCAACAUGUCAGGUCGGCCGUUCUUGCGACGCAAGUUGAAGUCGACAUGUACGGAGUUACAUGGAGUUUUAAAGAUGUAUGUUUCAUAACAGAGUAUCCUAGCUUUGAAGACCAUUUAAUAGAUAGUAUUAUAGAGAACAUUAUUCCUUGUACAAUAAUCACGCCAUUGGACUGCUUCUGGGAAGGAGCCAAGCUACUUGGGCCUGAAAGGCCUAUUCAAAUACCAAAUUAUAACAAAACCCUAAGAUGGACCACUUUGGACCCUCUUGGGCUUCUUCAAAUUUUUGAGGGUUACGAGGAGUACUUCUCGCCGGAAGCCUUCAGAGAUAUUAUAAAUAGAACGGGUAUUGGGCAUGCCUAUCAAGUGAAACCUUGUCUAAAUCCUUUAGAUCAGGAAUGUCCUGACAUGGCACCCAACAAAUUAUCGGGAGAGAUCCCAAAUAUUGCAGCUCAUUUAACAGGUGGCUGUGCAGGGUUUGCCAGCCGCUACAUGCAGUGGCCGGAAGAACUCUUGAUCGGGGGAGUCUCCAAGAAUCAGAAUGGCUCAGUACAGAGUGCUGAGGCGUUACAAACCAUUAUUCAGCUGAGAGGGGAAAAAGACAUGUACGAAGCAUGGAAAAAUAACAUUAAGGUCAGUGAGGUCACAUGGACGGACGAAAAAGCGAAAGCUAUCCUCAACGAGUGGCAGAGAAAAUUUACAGAUAUUGUGAGGAAUAGCACAAUAACCAACACAACUCAAAACGUUAAUGCUCUCUCGUCCGCCUCGUUAGAGGAUCUUCUCCAAGACUUCUCAAGGACCAGUGUUGUUCGGGUUGCUAUGGGUUACGCCAUCAUGACCAUGUAUGCUACCCUUACGAUGAUGAAGCUUUACGAUGGUGUUCGGUCCCAAGGAGGACUUGGUCUUUUCGGGGUUCUGCUGGUGGCAGGCUCGGUCGCGGCAGGACUAGGGUUCUGCGCCCUUAUUGGCAUUGUAUUCAAUGCAUCUACAACUCAGGUUUUACCAUUUUUAGCUCUAGGAGUCGGAGUGGACGAUAUGUUUCUCCUGGCCCACACAUCUACCUCAAUACCCUCAGAAAUUCCACUUCGGCAUAAAACUGGUGAGAUCCUGCGACGAGCAGGAGUCAGUAUAAUCCUGACGUCAGUCAAUAAUAUCUGUGCCUUUAUGGCAGCAGCCAUCAUUCCAAUCCCAGCGCUUAGAUCACUUGCCUUCCAACUUGUCAUAGUAUUGACCUUUAACCUCCUGGUCAUGCUGCUAAUUUUCCCAGCAAUCCUUGCCCUGGAUGCAGAAAGGAGAGAAGAAAAGAGGAUAGACCUCCUUUGCUGUGUCCAAAGUCAACAAGCACACAGAGUUAUAAGGGUGCAGCCUCGGCCCCUCUGUGGUGGUUCGGACCCCUACAGGGAGUCGCCUCUUCCGAAUCGCUACUCAAGGAAAUCUCCUCGACGCUCAUCUCCUAACAGGACCACAGACGUCACCCUCCAUUCCACUGUCCAGACCAUCACGCAUGCACCCACCGACGGGUACAGCGGUCAGUGCGUCACCGAGGUCAUACCCACUGCUUCUACCACCACCGAUAGGACCACGCCCCUUCCUCCGUACGACUCGGCCCCACCCAGCACGGCGGCGUCGGUAGCAUCGAUGAGAACGUUGCUCAAAGCGCAGAAGAUGUCGUUUGGGGACUGUCUGAAGAAGUUACGGUUCUGGAGGUGGAAUUUCUCAGAGUUUGCUCGAGAUUGCUACGCUCCUUUCCUCCAGCAAACGUUUGUCAAGGUGACAGUUAUAGUCCUCUUCACGUGUCUCCUCGGUGUCAGCAUCUACGGCGUCCUGAUCAUGGAAGAUGGCUUGGAGAUCACCGACGUCGUACCCCGCGGCACCAGGGAGGAGGAGUUCCUCACUGUCCAGAGCCAGUACUUCAGCUUCUACAACAUGUACGCCGUGACCCAAGAGGACUUUGACUACGCCUCUCGGCAGAAGCAGCUGUACGCCUUCCACAACGCCUUCUCUGCCAUCCCGGAGAUCAUCAGAGAAGCCGAUGGUAGUCUACCAACCUUCUGGCUCCAGACGUUCAGGGACUGGCUCUUAGAAAUGCAAGAGGCUUUUGACCUGGAGAAGCAGAGGUACAGCAUCAAGACAGACCGAUGGUACUCCAAUGCAACGGACAAGGGUGUGAUAGCCUACAAGAUGAUCCUUCAGACCGGCAUUCCGGAAUCUCCUGCAGAUAUCAACAGGUAUCAUACUGGUAGAUUGGUGGAUGAGAACGGUGUCAUCUACGCCAAUGGUUUCUACAACUACCUGACGGUGUGGUACAACUAUGAUACCAUCUCCUACACUGCAUCCUACGGCAAUCUGCAUCCUGCUCCGCCCUCCUGGACACCAGUCGGCAAGGCUGAUCUCGAUGUCACAAUCCCAAAGGCCAACCCACUGAACUACACCCAGCUUCCGUUUUACCUCAACAACCUGAACACGACCCAAAAGGUGGUCAGCGUCAUCAAGGCCAUUCGCAACAUCUCCGACUACUACACGAGCGAGGGCCUGCCAAACUACCCCCUCGGUGUGCCGUUCACCUUCUGGGAACAGUACAUCCACCUUCGCUUCUACCUGGCCCUCUCCCUCGUCAGUCUCUUGGGGGCGUCCUUCAUCAUCGUGGCCCUGAUGCUUGUCAACCCCUGGGCAUCUCUGAUCCUGGUGUUUGUUCUUGGGAUGAUCACGGUGGAGCUGUUUGGUUUCAUGGGAUUGAUCGGUCUGAAGCUCAGUGCAAUACCGGCCGCUACUCUCAUUGUAUCCGUGGGCAUCGGUGUCGAAUUCACCCUGCAUACUUGUUAUGCCUUUUUGACAACCAUUGGUAACCGAGAAAGGAGGGUCACAUUCGCCUUGGAACAUACUUUUGCACCAGUGCUAGAUGGCGCUGUUUCAACCCUUCUUGGCGUUGUUAUGCUGGCUGGAGCAGAGUUUGACUUCAUUGUGAGCUACUUCUUUUACGUUUUUCUGGCACUCAUCAUCCUGGGGGUAUUAAAUGGAUUAGUCUUGUUACCAGUCCUUUUGUCAUUGUUUGGACCACAUGGUGAGGUUCAACCAGUGGCCAAUGCCAAUCGGCUUCCUUCCCCUACCCCGCCCCCUACUCCCCCCACCGAGCGGGCUACGAGGUUGAGGCACUGUAGGUGGGACAGUGAGCCCCCUGCUGGGUCGUAUCCAGCCGCUGUCAUCAGGGAAGACGUGUGUAGCAACUCAGAGCACAUAGAGAUACAUCCACCGGAGGUUGUUGUGGAAACCAGUGUUCAUCAUCCGCAUCUCGUAACCGAGAUGAUACAUCGCACAAAAGGCCACUCCAACUCACCCAACUCACAGAGGACACGGCCCCAGCGGACAUCGUCCAAGUACCCCCACCGACAGCAUCACCAACACCACCACCAUCCUCACCAUCAGUACCCGCACCACCACCACCAACACCCCCACUACUCCCGCCAGUCGUUCCCCUUCUCCACCAACAAUUCUUCCUCCUCCUCCUCAUCCUCCUCGCUAAAUAAAGACUCGCCCCAUCUCGCGAGACACGUGACCACGGUCACGGCAACCGCCAGGGUGUCGAUCGUCCACGGGAACACCUGCACCGUCGGCGAUGAGCGGAGGUACCCCAGGAGGGGAAGGCGAGGUGAGGAUACCGUUUUCUCAGAGUCCAAGGAGACGGAUGUGAAGUUGGAAUGCAUAGAGGCGGGAGAGGAAGAGCAGAGGGCCAAGAAGACGGAGGAUAGUGGUAGCGAUAAGAUCCAAGACUCAACGGUUUAGCAUGAUCGGGAGCUACCAAACUCUACCAAGCCAUUGUGACAACCUGCAAUCGAAUCAAGCAGCUGUUUUCCUUUUUUCGACUUUGUGGAUUGAAUGCCCGAGUCCCUGCUCUUUGUAUCUCCUUCUCGACAAGGUGGUGGGAUUGUGGAUUUGACUAUCAUAAAAAAAGAUUUGUAAACUAUCUCUCCAAAUUUAUCUUUUGCGAUUGUGAGGGAGAAUAACAGACUAAAGACAUGUACUAGUGGUGCUAACCUUCGAUUCAAAGGAAAUCGGAACACGACUCGACCCGUUGCCUGCCGUGACCGAGUCGUCCCUGGACAAAGCCUGUGGGAAGUACUGACUUCAGGAGUCAACGGGUUAACUGUAUUAUAAUCAAAGAUAUAGUACAAAGGCCUGAAAGAGUUAUCUAUUAUUUAUUUAUAUAUGGUAUUUGGAGUGAUAACGGAAACAAUGCGAAUCAGUUGUAUGAUUUAUUUAGGUUUUGUAUUCACCGUUGCACUCAUCAUAUUCUUGUCUUAUUUCAUGUUUGUAUAAAAGAUGUUUUAUGCAGAAUAAAUCUUGUACAUACCCCUCAUGCUGAAGAUAUUUUUGAUGUCAUUAUUAUACAAUCUUUGUAUACAGUGCCAGUAUUUUACAGUAAUUGAUACGAUAACGAACCAUGUACCUCGCUAAAUAUUUUAUAUAAUGUGAUUAUUUUAUGUAUAAGGAUAUGUUGUAUUUAUACAAAACAGAUGAUUUUUUUUUUACCAUGUAUAUGCUUUUGAGUAUAGUAACUGUACAAUUAUGCUUGAUAUUUUGUUGAUGAACAGGAACACAAAACUGCCAAUUUUUCCUUUAUAGACCUCUUUUUUUUUUCAUUGUAUUCUCUUUUAGAAGAGUGUUUGUAUAUACAUGUAUAGUGUUAUAUUCAUGUGCCAAAAUAUGCUCUUUUAUGUCGUAGUAGAUGACUUACAAGUGCAACUAAACUGGGGUUGGGAAUUAGCGCUUUGUAACUUUUUGAAAAAGCGCUUGAUAUUGUUAUUAUCAUUAAAUGGGGUUAAAUUUCUUUUUCAGGGUUACUAUCGUCAAGUUACAUGCGGGAUGGGGUAUUAGUUGCUGAUCUAAGAGUUAUGAAUAGAAAAAGGAAAUAUUGAUAAAGUUAAAUCGAUGGAGAACUGCAAACUCAUCCCAUCAAAGAUAUUCUUCGGCCUUAGCAUCAGGCACUGUCGGGGGAGGGGCGGGGGGAGUGAAAAAAGUUACUUCAUUACUUCAUUAUGUGGAUUGUAAAAUGCAGUAUGUAUCAUUUGUGCUGAAACGUUUCCUUCCCUGGGUAAUUCGCAACACCCAUUACACUGGUAGCGUAUUCACUAUAAAAGUUAAGAUAAUAUAUAUUUUAUUGGAUCUGGAAGUGGGGACUCCUGGCCUGUGGACCUCCAUCUUAUAAGUGAACGCCAUGACCGACUCAGAUAUUGGGUCGGAGUGAACUUUCGGAAAGGUAAAAUAACGAGAAGGUGGUACCAUUUUCUAGGAAGUUGAUUGUGUCAAGGAUGUUUCUGGUGGCGUGCGAGGUGAAAUCCAACGGGGCGUUGCAAGAAACUGCGAUCCAUUCGGAAGUCUAUUUUCGGUCCCUAAAUCAUUCAUAUCUCUUGUAUUGAUUGUAAAUUUAUGAUUGAUAGCUAAAUUGAUUUAUUAAUCGUAAAAUUGUAACGGAACAUUUUCCAUUGAUUGCAAAUCGUUUCUCGCAAGACCUUAAGGAUAUCGUUCUCUUGGGGAAAAAAUCUAAUGUAGGACACUGUAAGGUCAAGGGAAGAUCUUAUUAAUCCCCAUGUUUUUUCAACCAUUCAAAUGACUUGAAUUCCACCUAAAUACAUCUGUAAAGGAGCUCUCAGGUCUUGAUUCAG